AUGAAAGCGUUGAAAUGGAUCAUGCAAUAUGAACAUGCAAAUGCGGAAGAGUUGAAAGAGUUGGCGGUAAAAGAAGCUGCGGAAAUGGUGGAAAAACAAGAAAACUGGGAAGAAGAAAAAGAAAACAUGAAUCUUGAACUCGACCUUUUACGUGAACGCAUAACUGCCACAACAAACGCCACCGAUCUCAGUGAAACUUUUCGAACACGAAUUAACAGUUUAACAGAAGAAAAUGUUUAUUUGAAGGGAAGAAAUCAAGAACGCGAUCGUGAAUUAGCAGAACAAAGUGAUAAAGCUGAGAAAUUAAGUUGCCGCGUAGAACAACUCGAGAAUGAACGUGCUAAACUUAUUCAACAGCAAGCAUUUUUGGAUGAAUCCAUUCGUGAACUAAGUAAACGACUUGAAAAUAAAUUAGAAGGAACUGCGACUAAUGAAGCCGAAACGUUGAAAUUACGACAACGAAGCCAACAAGCUGCAUUACUUUCCAAACAGCUUCAGGAAGUGGCGCAACAAAAUGAUGAACUUCGAGCAGAAAUUGAACAACUUUCAACAGCGCUUGCCUCAGCAACAACCUUUAUCGAGGAUACUGCUAAUAAUUAUCAAACAUUAUAUGAGCAAUUGCUGGAAAGUGAUAAAAUUAUCGAACGUUUAACCAAUGACAAUGAAUUACUUAGUAUAAAGCUCGAAGACAACAAGGCGAUAGCUGGAAAGUCGGAGAAUGUUGACGAAAACUCACUUCAACACUAUAAGGAACUGCUCCAGAACAAAGAUGAGCAAAUUGAAGCACUACAGCUGAAGUCUGAAAAUUUACAAGUUGAAUUACAAGAAUUACAAGCUCAAAAUAUGUUCGACAAUAAUAUGGAAGGUGAAAAAGAAAUGGAAAGAUUACGAACGGAACUUCUUGAUGCUACCAAAGUAGCCCGACAACUUUUCAGUACUACAGUAAAAAGUUAUCAAGUUGAUCCGUCAAUUGCGCAAAUGCAAUGCCAAAUAACAACGCUCAAUGAGACUGUUGACAAUUUGCAUGCUGAAAUUAAGCAACAUGAAAUGGAUAAUAGCGAACUUAUACGUAAUCUGGAAAUGAAAGAUAUCGAAAAUCAAAAAGUGAAUGCUGAACUGAAAAGACUUCGAGGGGAAAUAUUCGGAAGUGCGGAAAUUGAAAUUAGUCGUUUGGAGAAGCAGCUCAAGUUUCGGGAACAGCAAAUCGAAAAGUUGACAGCUAAAUGUUCACUGUUACAAAUUGAAUUGAGCUCUGCUUUUGAUAAUUCCGAUCAUAAACUAGCAGGUUCCGUUCCUGCGACAAAUUCCGCAGAGAAAUCGCUAAUACUGGAAGAAUGCAAAACAGAUAGAAGUGGAAAUGAAUUGGAAAAUUCUAUUGAAGGUGGCGUUAAUGUUUUAUGUGAAACGAAAGGAAUUGAUGUUAAAUGCCAGGAAUAUCUGGAGGAUACAUUAAGGACGAAGAAAAUACCUGUAAAACUCGGGGAAAAGAAAAGGAAAUAUAAGGAAGGCUUAGAAAAUCUGGAAGCUAGUGCGAUGAUUAUUUCAUCACUUAACCAUGAAUUGAUGUUGCUCAUGCAGGAAUUGGACGAAAAAGAUAGCCAACUGCAACGUAUGGAAAAGAACAUGCAGCGUGCAGCAAGCAGUAUCGAUGAACUAAAAGUGAAGUAUUUCAAUCUGCAGAAGGAAGUAUCUGUAAAUGAUAUGACACAGCACAAUAAAAUUAUCGAUGAGUUACGUCAACAAAUGGAAUGUUAUGAGAUCGAAAUUGAGGAACAUCAGAAAUUGGCCAAUUCGAUACGUUUAAGUGGAAAUGAGAUGCAACAGAAAGUAGAAGAGAUGAACAGACAAGUGGUCGCAGAACGAUUGCGAAAUCUUCAACUUGUACGAAAAGUAGAAAUUGUUGAACGUAAUCGAAACAAUCAAAAUAUUGAAUAUAGGAAACUUGAGCGGAACUACCAAAAGCAACGUUUGUUACACAUUACACAACUUAAGACUACCAACUAUGAAUCGGAUUUGGCAUCAGUUGAGAUAGCACGUCUUCAAACACUUUUAUUGCAUUCUGUUCCUAAACGAGAUUAUGAUAAACUAUUGGCAGAACACAAGCAAAUGUUAAUUUCUGAUGACAAUUAUAAAUCGAUAGAUGAUUUCAAAAAUGAUGAAAAGGAGAAAGAUUACAUCGUUGCAAACCUUUUGGAGAUGAGUGAUGAAGCAAGAAGUGGUGAAAUUACAGUAGAGAAUGCUCAUUUAAAGGAAAUGAUAAAUGUUCUAAGAAGCCAAAAUGAAUAUUGGCAAAAUGAAGUGGAGAAAAUUCGAGAGCAAAAUACCGAAAUGAUGCAUUUUCUGGAAGAUGUUGAAAGUGAAUCACAGAUGAAAAGUCUAUUAGCUGCAUUAGAACGGCGCUUCCUAAAAGCACUUUCCGAUCGAGCGUUAUUUUCACAAAAUCAAAAAUUGACCGGUCAUCAAUUCUUGAAUCAGCAUAAUGAAUUUGCUAGGAAAAAACGAAGUUGGGCAAAUGAGAAAAAAAAAUUGAUCCAAGUAAUCAGAUCGUUGCAGUUACUCCUUCAGCGUAUGCGAUCAAAUUCAAUGGAAUUGAUUACUGUACAACAGAUGCUACAGUAUAAGGAGAAGUUUAUUGAGAUCAAUGCUAAUUAUACAAAAAGUCAGAAGUACAAAGAAGAGAGAAAAGAAGAAUUAGAUUUGCAACUACGACAUGCUGAAGCAUUACGAAAAAGUUAUGAAUUGUUGCAAGAGAAUGAUUACAAUGUGAUCAAAUUGAGGAAAAGUUUACAAGCCAGUCAUUUAAAUAUGCUCACUGCAAAGAAGCAACUUGAAAAUGCUGAAUUACAGAUACAAAGGAAAGAUAAAGAGAUUCAGAAAUUGGAGGAAACAGUAAACAGUCUACAAAGAGAAAAUGAAGAUUUAUUUGCAGCAACUUUUAAAAUGUCCGAUUUCAAUGAUGAAAAUGAAAGAAUUGAUGAAUCCAUCAUUUCUCCUAUUGCUAACGAACUUUUUCCAAGUGUUGGAAAUGAUGAAUUGAAAUUAGAUGAUCAGAAUGUUAGCGGUGAAAAAGCAAACUUGGAGAUGGAAGAAUCUGAAAAUACUGGGCGGAAAGGUGAGACACCAACAGAAACCAUCGAUAGUGAAUGGGACGUGAAAUGUCAUGCGAUAACUGAUUUACAAGCAGAUGUUACACCCAAAACUGCGCGCACUUAUUCGGAGGAAUAUAUGAAAAAAUUGAAUUAUUUCAGUGAAACAGCCAAAUUAUGUAUUGCAAAUUAUAAGGAACAGUUGAAGUAUAAAGAUGAAGUUAUUGAAAAAUAUAAAUCAUUGUUAAAAAUUAUGCCGGAUGAACAAACUGCGCAAAGGAUCGUCGAUGAUUCAUCAUCAAUUACAAUGGGUGAUUUAACAAGACGAAAACUGCGAACAUCAAGCGAAAUUUUAUCACAAAAUUACGACACUAAUAUUGAAACAAAAGAUAUGGAAAUAAUUAAACUGCGAAAUGACAUCGAACAAUUCAUUAAGGCAAAUCGAAAACUUACAAAAGAUCUUCAACACUUUCGCAAUCAAGCUAAAGAUUGUGCAGAGAUUAGUACGCAAACUGAUUUGCUUGUGAUCAGUGAUAAUGAUGAGAUUAUGGAUGGAAUUAUUGGGAAUAAAGAGAAUAACAUGCCUAAUACGACAACAAAAACAGGAAAAAGCGUUACUAGUCAGGAACCAUCAACAGUUACACAGAUACGAACACUAUCAUCAAAACAAUUUACGCCUGUUGAAGUGACUGAUGCGCAAAAUAAUAAUGUUCUAAUGGAAGCACUACGAAGGGAAGAAUCAAGAACGAUGGUAAUGCGUAUGGAAAUCAGAGAUCUGAAACAACGCAAUGCUGCAUUACAGAUUAAAAAUCAGGAACUGGAAAAGGCAUGUGAAAAUAUUCGAGUUCAAGCAUUAUCUGAAAUUAAACAUAGCUAUACAUCCAAUAUCAAUGUCGAACCAGAAGCUACUGUUAUGAGACUUCAAGAGGAACUUUCUGACCUUAAAAAAGAAGCCGGAAAUCAGAAGAAAUUGAUUCGGGAACAAAAAGAAGUCAUUGAUCGAUUGCAGAAAAAUCAAUCCGUUAAAAAUACACAGGAAGAGAUAUCAAAAUGGCAUGAAAAGAAAGCACGUGAAAACAACGUUAGUCUACUUCGGAAAAAACUGAAAGAUACGGAACAACGUGAACAGGAAGCAUGCGACAAGUUAAAAAGACGCGAUCAACAAAUCAAACAAUUGCAUCAAUCAGAAAAUAGUCGAAGUGGUGAACUGAAACGAUUGCAAGAGAUGAUCAGAAAGUUGAAGAGUGAUAAGGAAUUGAAUAACUUGCAAGGGAAAAUAGUGAAUGAUCGCUUAAAAACAGCAGAAGAAACAAACAUAUAUUUGAAUCAGAAAAUUGUUCAAAUGGAAAAGGAAAACAGAGAACUAUUGUCAAGUGUCAGCGAGAAGGAGAAAAUUCCGAAAGGUGCAAAAACAACUGAUGGUAUUGAUGAAAUAAGUAGAGAUGUAGUACAUAAUAUACCUGACGAAGAAUUACAUAGGCUGAGAGAAAAAGCUGAACAGUACGAUGAUUUAUUGAGACAAAUAAUCAAGCUGGAAAUUGAAAUUGAGAAACAACGUGAAGAAAUCCGAUCACUGAAUGAUAAACUAAACGAGCGAAAAUACGACUGUGGUGCGGUUGCUGUCCUACGCGACAAACUUAUGGCCAAAGAAAAAGUUAUCGAACAACAAGUUGUCUUUUGCUUGCAGAAAAAUUAUUAG